AUGAGUGUGGUGGGUUUUGAUAUUGGGAAUGAGAACUGCGUUGUCGCAGUUGCAAGGCAAAGAGGUAUUGAUGUUGUUCUUAACGAUGAGUCCAAGCGAGAAACUCCUGCUGUUGUAUGCUUUGGUGAAAAGCAGCGGUUCCUUGGGACAGCAGGAGCUGCAUCGAGUAUGAUGAAUCCAAAAAAUACAAUUUCUCAAAUAAAUAGGUUGGUUGGACGCCAGUUCUCUGAUCCUGAGCUGCAGCAGGAUCUCAAGUCAUUGCCAUUUUCAGUAACUGAAGGGCCUGAUGGCUUUCCUUUGAUACAUGCACGGUAUCUGGGACAAGUGAGGACAUUUACACCUACCCAGGUUUUGGGAAUGGUGUUCUCUAACUUAAAGAGCAUUGCCGAAAAGAAUUUAAAUGCGGCAGUUGUAGAUUGCUGCGUCGGGAUACCUGUUUACUUAACUGACCUUCAGAGGAGGUGUGUUAUAGAUGCUGCAACUAUUGCUGGUUUGCAUCCUCUUCGUCUAAUUCACGAGACCACUGCUACUGCUUUAGCAUAUGGGAUUUAUAAGACUGAUUUGCCUGAAAAUGACACAUUGAAUGUGGCUUUCGUUGACAUCGGUCAUGCCAGUAUGCAAGUUUGUGUUGCUUCUUUUAAGAAAGGCCAGCUGAAGAUAUUGGCCCAUUCUUUUGACAGAUCUCUCGGUGGGAGGGAUUUUGAUGAAGUUCUUUUCCAGUACUUUGCUGCUAAGUUCAAGGAUGAGUAUAAGAUCGAUGUCUUUCAGAAUGCCAGGGCUUCCCUCAGGCUUCGUGCUGCCUGUGAAAAGUUGAAGAAAGUUCUCAGUGCAAAUCCCGAGGCACCUUUGAACAUUGAGUGCUUGAUGGAUGAGAAGGAUGUGAGAGGCUUCAUCAAGAGGGAGGAAUUUGAGCAAAUUAGUAUGCCAAUUCUGGAACGUGUGAAAAGGCCGUUGGAGAAAGCUCUCGUAGAAGCUGGACUUACAGUUGAGAAUAUUCAUGCAGUUGAGGUUGUUGGUUCAGGUUCCCGGAUUCCUGCUAUUAUGAAGAUAUUGUUGGAGUUCUUUGGGAAGGAGCCGAGACGUACAAUGAACGCCAGUGAAUCUGUUGCUAAAGGCUGUGCUUUACAAUGUGCUAUUUUAAGUCCUACAUUUAAAGUGCGGGAGUUCCAGGUCAAUGAGAGCUUUCCCUUCCCCAUUGCUUUAUCAUGGAAAGCUUCUGCUCCAGAUGCUCAAAAUGGGUCUGCCGAUAGUCAGCAGAGCACCAUUGUAUUCCCCAAGGGUAACCCAAUGCCAAGUGUGAAGGCACUGACAUUCUACAGAUCUGGAACUUUUUCAAUAGACAUACUAUAUGCUGAUGUGAUGGAAUUGCAGGCACCUGCGAAAAUUAGCACAUAUACUAUUGGACCCUUUCAAACAAAGGGUGAACCUGCAAAGUUGAAGGUCAAAGUACGUUUGAAUCUCCAUGGGAUUGUCUCUGUCGAGUCGGUUACUCUUUUGGAAGAGGAGGAAGUGCAAGUUCCAGUCACGAAGGAGUCAGCAAAGGAACCAACCAAGAUGGAUACAGAUGAGACUCCUGUCGAUUCUACUCCCCCAAUUACCAAUGAAACUGAUGAAAAUAUGCAAGAUGCCAAAAUUGAUGCUGGAACUGAAAAUGGCACCCCAGAGUCGAGAGAUAAGCCUAUUCAGAUGGAAACUGACGUUAAGGCUCUGAAGAAAAAGGUUAAGAAAACAAGUGUGCCUUUCACAGAACUGGUAUAUGGAGGAAUGGCAGCUGCAGAUUUGCAAAAAGCAGUGGAGAAGGAAUUUGAGAUGGCUUUGCAGGAUCGAGUAAUGGAAGAAACAAAAGACAAAAAGAAUGCUGUCGAGGCCUAUGUUUAUGACAUGAGAAAUAAGCUGAACGACAAAUAUCACCAGUUUAUAGUUGAUUCUGAGAGAGAACAAUUCAUUUCUAAACUCCAGGAGGUUGAAGAUUGGUUGUACGAGGAUGGUGAAGAUGAAACAAAAGGCGUGUAUGUUGCUAAGUUGGAGGAGCUCAAAAAGCAAGGUGACCCAGUUGAGGAGCGUUACAAUGAGCAUACAGGAAGGGGAUCUGUGAUUGAUCAACUUGUUCAUUGCAUCAACAGUUAUAGAGAAGCAGCGAUAUCCAAUGAUCCCAAGUUGGAUCACAUCGAUUUGGCGGAUAAGCAGAAGGUUUUGAAUGAAUGUAUCAAUGCUGAAGCUUGGCUGAGGGAGAAAACCCAGCAACAGGAUGCACUUCCUAGGCAUGCUACUCCAGUUCUUUUAUCAGCUGAUAUCAGGAAAAAAGCUGAGGCUCUCGACAGGUUUUGCAGGCCGAUAUUGACAAAACCAAAGCCCAAGCCCUCUGCCCCUGAAUCGUCCUCGCCAGCAUCCCCUCAAGGAGGCGAGUCACAAGCACAAGGUGCCGACCAACCCUCCAAUGCAAGUGAGAAUGUUGGGAAUGAAGUACCACCUCCCACAGAGCCCAUGGAAACUGACAAGUCCGAGAGUGAACCAGGUGCUUCCUAA